AUGAGACGCCGAGUUCAGAUAUACCUGGUGUUUCUCCUCGGAUCGAUUUUAUUCCCCGACAAGAUAUGUGAUCGGGUGAAGCCGUGGUAUAUGCACGUGCUCGAGGAUUCAGUGCUUGAUCAAGUCGGCACGUAUUCGUGGGGUUCGGCCUGUUUGGCCAAUCUAUACAGGGAGUUGGGUAUAUGCAGCCGAGCACAGUCAAGGGGCUUGGCAGGUUGCACCACCCUUCUUCAGUGCUGGAUAUACGAGUAUUUCCCGAGAUUCCAGCCACCGAAGGAGAGCGAGCACUACCACGAGUUUCAGCCUCGAUGCAAGAGGUGGAACGCGCCGCCAAAAGCGGGCACGCUCGAGCAUAUUCGAGGUUUACUCGACAAUAUGACAGCGGAUGAUGUCGAGUGGCUACCGUAUGGUCGGGAUAUACACGAGAGUAUCCCUCGUACGUUGUAUCAUGGCACGAUCCAGUACAUGUGGGUCGUAGAGCCGUAUAUGCCUGAUCGUUGCGUCCGACAGUUCGGGUGGGUUCAGGAUAUUCCGCGCGGCUUGAUUCCAUCGAUGGAGCCAUGUUCACGCGGUCCCGAAGGAGGUACAUCGUACAAAGUCAACUACCCAUUUCCGGGUGGUAUGCGGGACAUGGUCCAGGCUCAUUCCAUUCGUGCCAACGUAUACAAGACGGCACGACAACGGGGGGAAGUCGACGAGCACUACAUGAAGUGGUACACCGAUCGAACUCAUCUGAAGAUCAACAACCCCGACAUAGGCCCGGCUCCAGUGCAUCGAGAGAAUGUGAGGCCACCAGAUCAGCCGACUUAUUACCAGAUAGUACGUGCAUUGUACCCGAUCACCAGAAGCACUGGACAUGACUGGAUGCAGCAGUUUGCCGAUCUACGUGCCGAUCUUGGAGAUAUUAUGCAGCCCGCCGCCCGAUAUAUUGGUAUCGACCAUGACAACGACAAAGACGACGACGAUGACGACGACGAUCAUGAGGUGCAGCCGCCGAGGAGAGCGAGGCGGUAG